AUGCCGGACCCCUUGACAACGGGGAUGUCGCCCACCGGCUUGCUUACGCAGACUAUCAUGCCACCGGCACCGAUGACGAUGACCGAUACCUUCGACUUUGCACCAGGAUCGAUGUUGGAUGAGGGUAUGAGGAUGCAGUUGCAGAGAGUCUACUUUGACCACUUCCACCCCCAGUGGCCGAUGCUGCACAGGGAGACGUUCGAGUCCACGAUGCAGCCUAAGCUGUUGAUGCAGGCCGUCAUCACCGUUGGACUAUGGUUUGCCUCGGCACCGGGGUCACGAGAUCUCGCCAUCAGGUUCCACGACCACCUCUUAGUAGAGGUAGGCAACAGAAUCCUCGAGCUAUUAGAACAAUCAAGAAGGGGCAUGUUGUCCCCUCGAGUAGAUUUGCUACCAGUCUUCCAAGCUAUGCUGAUAUCAACAAUCUUGGUGCCGUACCGGGCAGAUAAAACGAUGGAGAACGUGAUGAUGACGCACGCAAUGCUUCUGGAGACGUUCAAGGCGACGGGCAUCUACGACCAGUCGAAGAUCAAUACAGCUUCGCAGCUAUGUGGAAAUAGUGGAUAUCCUUGGGUUUUCCGGGAAUCAUAUCAGCGUCUUGCCGUUUUUCAAUUCAAACUACAUUUGAUCCUUCAAGCAGUCUUUAUUACGAUAUACCCCGCGCUCCGAAUAUCCCGAAACGCAGAGCCAGCCAUGCUCAGAGUCAAGGUGCCGAUGCCGCUGAUGAUGUGGGACGGCCCAGCGGCGCAGUGGUUCGGCAUGAUACCAACGGACCCCGAACUCCUCGACGACGGCGAAGACGACGUUUUGAUAAUCAGCAAAAUGUGCGACAAGGCCGUGAUGAUGAUGGACAACAAGCCGCUGCUCCCGCUCCUCUCUUGGGACCGGUGCCUGGGAAUGGCCAUCUGGUGCUGGUGCAUGAAGCACACGGAGAGCGACAGAGAGUUCAUUGAGAACAUCAAACCAUUUACGGAACCUUCGUUCGCCAUGGCCGAGGGUAUCAAUUGGACCCGUGUGCUCCAACUGGUCAACCUUGCUGGAGCGGCACAUCUCGUAGGAUAUCAAUAUGGCAGCGACAAACUCGCCAUGCACAGCAUCGUGCAACUCCGAGAUAAAGACCUAAUCACCGAGCUAUGGUUCCGAGGGUGGGACUUCGGCCGGAAGUACGGCCCCACAAUGGUGACCGGCACGGCGGCCGUUUUCGGUUUCCUUGCUUGGAAAGACGGCGCCGAGAGCCCUGCAUUUAUCUACAACCUCGCCGCGGCCGUCCUCAUGGGGUCCGUGGCGCCGUACACCCAGUUUAGGGUGUUUCCCGUCAACGACAAGCUCCUCGCCGAACACGAACGAAUCGUCAACCCCAAGAAAAAUGAUGGUCCCAACGGUGGCGCUAGCCUUGAGGAAGUUCGCGGAUGGGCUGCCGAUUGGAAGAGACUGGAUAUGCACAGGCAAAUACUGGAGGCUUUCGCCGUUGUGGCGGGUAUCAUUGCAGCUUCAAAAUCGUAA